AGGGAGGUGGGGUGGGUUCUGUGCCGGUAGUGUCGGUGUGGAGAGGGAGCGGUGGGGGUCGGGCGUGCCGCACAGUCACCGCACAGCCCCUCUGUGCUCGUGUCCCCGUCCCCUGUGAGGGUCGCCGGUGCCCCCCUGCCCGGCCCCGCGCUGCUUCUGCUCCCCCGCGGGAUGCGGGCUCGGCCCGCCCCGCUAGCCCUCACCCCCGCGCCGGCCGCAGUAUGAGCGCGGCGAGCGACACGUAUUUUCUCAUAAAAGACAUAAAACCGGGACUGAAAAACUUAAAUGUCAUCUUUAUUGUGCUGGAGAUCGGGCGAGUCACCAAGACGAAGGACGGGCACGAGGUGAGGUCCUGCAAGGUGGCGGACAAGACGGGCAGCAUCACCAUCUGCGUGUGGGACGAGAUCGGCGGCCUCAUCCAGCCGGGGGACAUCAUCCGCCUGACCAAAGGGUACGCAUCUCUGUGGAAAGGAUGCCUGACACUUUACACGGGACGAGGAGGGGAGCUGCAUAAAAUCGGGGAGUUCUGCAUGGUGUACUCAGAAGUGCCAAACUACAGCGAACCCAACUCGGAACACAUCGGGCAGAACAAACUGGCACAGGGUGAACAGAAUAAUAUUUCUGCGUCAAGUGGUAUGGGUACUUGUACUUUUGGGCCACUGGGAAAUGGUUUACAAACUGGACCUGAAGCAAGUGGAUUUCCGUUCACGUAUAACCACGGCCACAUUUAUGCAGGUAGUGGGAGAGGCAAUGGACGAGGACCUGUAAAUCCAGCACCAGCUAAUAGUGUUCAGCCUCUUCCCCCUGCUGUCAGUAAUGGGAGGGACCCACGCAGGGCCUUUAAAAGAUGACUAUGCCAAAUGUGGUUGUACAGCUUGCUUAAACUCUACACUCUACUUGAACACUUACUGCACUUUUAUUUAUAGUUAACUGUGAACCAGUUUGUCCUUUGGGUUUUUUUUUACCUUUUGGUGUAUGGAGCAAACUUGAUGUGAUCUAUUUCUUGUUUUGUGUCAGGGAAGCACAGUGAGUCUUCCCCAUACGUAAAGGGGGUAGGGGGAGAAGGUGGAUACAAGGAAGUAAGAGUCACAUGUGGAAGUGUCUCAGUUAAAACUUCGUGCCCUUUGCUAAACAGAAGAAAAUUUCAGUUACGUACAUGUAUUUCUGUUUCUGUUGGUCAGCCAUGUAGCCUUAAUAGGUCUACUCUGUCCUGUGCACGUGUGCAUUGACUUCCAUUAGGGAAAAUGGGAGCUCUUCCUAUUGGAAGAGAAACAAAGGGGAAGAGCAAAAACUCUGGUGAGCCAGGUGUCCUGGGAAUGAAUAUGGCUUGUAAAAGCAAUAAGUGUAAGGAAAUGGUGGUGCCAGACUAGUGGUGUCUCUGGAAUCAGGGAAGGGGUAACUUGGAACAAAGCUGCAGAUGUGGUGAGUGUCUUGAAGCUUGGUUCUGGUUCCAGGAGGGUGUACACUACUUGAAAAAUCCUCUAAACACCAUUAUCACUGUCAAGGAAAGUGAUACUGAUUUUUGCUUUGGAUAGAAGCUUGGAUAUUUGUUCUUGCUUUGCAUGAGAUAGCAGAAUAGGAGGACCUAAAUUCAGACAGUGUUUGGGAAUAUGCUUUUUGUAGUCACUCCUUGUGUAAAAGCCCAAGGUUACUUUUCAGGAGUCUGAAUUUCCAGGAGUGGACUGUUCUCAAAUGCUGCAUUACCCAUCUCUUCAGUGAGUCUGCCUACUCCUCCUUCCUCCAUUCACUUCAUUCUAAAUGAAUUAUGUAUUAGAUUAAGCUGUGUAUGUGGAUCGCAGAGGUACUGGCUGAGCACACAGCUGCACUUCUGAUGCUGUUAAGCUUUCCUUCCUCUGUUUUAUAUGAAAUAUGAAUUAUCCCUUGAAGAGCCCCACAACCUCCGUGUCCUGGGGGGCAAAUAGCUGGUUUUAUUUCUGAGAUCACAAAUGCCUUGACUCUAGAUGAGAGUCCAGUGCCAUAUUUCAGAUCAGGUUCAAAAACAACUCAGAAACUGAGGUGUCAUACUGGAUUCAUCUGUUUAACUCUUCUUAACUGACCUCUCAAAUAAAAAAAAAAUUGCACUAACCACAUCAAAAACAAAUCUAACUUUCUUUCUGUCAAGCCAUAAAGACUUCAUGACAAAAGGCUGUUUCUGAAUUGUGAAUUGUCUCUGUGGUCAUUCAUGUUGUUUGAAUCUACCACUGUGUUACUAAUGUUUACAAGUUGUUUACAUUUGAUACUUUUUGCUUUUGGUACUCUGUCAUGAUUUGUUUAAAUUUGCUUCUAAUUGGUGCAAGUUCCUUGCUUGGUGUGAAAUACUGAAGUUCGUUUGAAAUGCAAGCAUCAGCAACAACAAACUUCUGAAGGGAGGUUUAGAGAGACCUGUGUGCCCAGACACCUGAGGGCUGUUUGUCUCUAAUCUGGUAAAGUGCUUUCCUGGUACUUGCAGGUGGAACUAGUGAAACUUGUUUUGGACACAAGAGGGUGGCAUGCUUCAGGAGUUCCCCUCUGGGUGCUGCUGUGGAAGAACAGUGCUCACUGGUGAAGCAGAAAGUGUGCAGUCACUUCUGGGGAAAUGGUGUAAGGAGGCGACGUGUAACUCAGGGACUUUUAAAUUGCUUACUUGUUUAAAUAAAUGUGAUGUAUAGUCUAGAUGCAUGGACAGCCUCUUCUGCAAUGUUGCUUUAAGAGAUUUGAUGUGCUUGUGAGAAGGAAGCCAAGAGGACUUCUAGACCUGGGAAGUACCUGUGAUGUGUUCCAGAGGUACAUAAGAUGUAAGUAUGGUGUGAGAGCCACGCUGCCCAGUAGUAGCUGUAAAGUUAGCAAGUGAUAUGUGCAGGUGAUUGCAUGUUGGGGACUAUCCCUCAUGUGGAUCUCAAGUCCUGGUGGUCUUCUCUGUGGCAUAAAGAAGUUAAAAUCAAGGGCAACCCUGUGUUAGUGUGUGCUGAGGUGCCUGAUACUUGUAGCUCUAUGCAUCUGAGCUUUUAUUAAGCUAAUAAACAGAAUACUUGUUCACAAAUUCCAAGUGAAAAUUGAGAUGAUUAAUGCUAAUAAGUGGCCUAAAAUUAAAACCCUGCAGUCAAGUGGAUGAUUGAUGUGCAGUCGGGAGGAAAAAAGCAAGAGACUGGUCUUCAUGUUCUCAAGGUUAGUAGCAUUCCUGCUUUCCUGUUUCUUAUAUGAAACUGUUGCAGUUUAUUAAUAAAUUUUUACUUCUUUGCAGGGGAAAUCUGUGCCCUGAAAUGGACAUGGACUUAAAUAUAAUAAUUUUUCAAGGUCCUCUGAUCUUCCACUGAACCUAUGACAAAGUUGUUUCCCUCAGAGGUGUCAGUGUCAAGAUAGUGAGCUCUCAGCUUGCAGAGGAAUCUGGGAGCCUGCCUUACAGCUGUUGGGAUUAUACCACCUCGGUUCACAGAGACACACAUGCAUCUCUCUAUGCAAACAAGCAGUGGUGAACAGCUGACAUUAAAAGGCAGUUCACAGGGGCCCAGGGGUUAGGUCAAGGGAGUCUCUUCACAGAUGUCUUCCUAUUAAAGGUUAGGCUGCACUUAGGGUAGUCUCAUUCUGGAUAAUUUCCAAAGGAAGGAGGACACUGGAAGGUGUUCAUGUAUCCAGGCACAAAGUGCACAGUGCUGAAGUGCAGCUGACUAGCCCCCAUACACCUGAAUCACGAGAUGCCCGGUUCUCAGCACCCACCAACAGCUCCCCCUCUCUCACCUGCCCCAGCACCAGGACUGAUGGCAGACUGCAGCAAAGUGGCAGUGGAAAGAGUGCUGCUGUAUUUCUGCUGCUGUCAUCUAUGUAGUUUUUCUGCCCAUCCUCUGCAUGAGUCUUUUCCCCUGAUUCAAAAGUGGCAAAGCAGUUUUGUACUGUGAAAUACUGUCCUAACUUUGGGCACAGGGGAAAGUCAUACACUCCGUGUCCACGGUGAAAAGGGGAAGGUGCUGUAAGAACAAAUAUAAGUGCUGGACCAAGUGCUGCAUGUGAAAUGUAA